UCCGCGCCACUCCAGGUAUUAUUCAUCCGGGAUGGAUAGUGCUCACUGUCGUCGCACCGCGAGACACAUUCUUCAUUCGAGUCGCCGACAGUGAAUGUGAGUUGAGUUGGAGAUGCAGUCAGUGAUAACGGCAUGAUAAGCGCUUCUUCAAGCGGGUAAUCUCCAGUGGAUUGUAAUGAUAUAUACGAACUGUAGGUGAACAUAGUGUCUAUAAACUCCUGGACAUCAUCAUCACAUGUGUUGACAACAUCUAGGCGGAUACUCCUGGACCGUGAUAAUAUAGUGUCGAUAAACUCUCGAUAUUCCUGGACGUGUUGUGAAAUUUGCUACUGUUGGACUAUGUUUAGUGACAAGUGGACAACUAUCAAGAAACUUUAGGACAUCUUCACACGUGUAAACAAAGUUGAGAAACUGUAGGACAUCUCCACACGUGUUGACAAAGUGACUAGUGAACCACUGUCGUGUUGACAAACUUUGUUGGAACGUAGUGUUGUGUGUUCUGGUUGAUUCUAGAUCCGCCAAAGUGCCGUCAGCGUGUAGCGUCGGGCUAUCUACCGCUCGCGGAUCCGCGUCUUCUCCGCUAGACGUGCUAUCUGCUGCAACCAUUGUGGACGAACGCGGAGAGGCUUGGCUGGCCCCGGCCUUAGCGGACCUCAAGAGAUCCGCGGCCGUUCGCCGGUGGCUCCAACAACAACAGCAACAACAGCGCCACAACAACAACAACAACAACAACUCGCCGCCCGAGAAGAUGUUGUCGCCGAUGCUGAUGUCGCAUCACCAUGCGACGCCGCAGACGCUGGAGCCGCAACCGCAGCCGUUAGAUUUUUCCGUGGGGAAUAAGCUGGCGACCGCGUUGCAGCAGCGGAGACUGCAUCAUCAUUUCCAGCUGCAUAACUCUAGCAACAGCGAGACGUCGGCCAGUGAGGAUGAACCGCCUCCUGAUUCGCCGCUCACUGCAGAUGCUGGAGGAUGGCUGGGAGAAGAGCUCCAGCACUGGAGGUCAUCCAAUGCUGCUAUCAUGAUGGAUGUCGACAAAGCUGCCCUAGCUGCCCGAUUAGGAUUGAGAACAGGGACGCCGCAUCGCGGCUCAUCCAAUCCGCCUAUAUCCAUUGAACAUCACCCCUGGUUGUGGGUGUUCGUCUGGUUAUGCAGGACUCUGUAUGUCUCUUAA